CACAGCCGUUUAUCUAUCUGCCAUGGGAACUGUUAGAAUAUUUUUGCCAGCGCUUAUCUUCAUUAUAACAGCCGCAGCGUCUCAUACAACCCCAGAAAUUUCCCACAACAAGGAUCCCGCGCAUACCAACCACGAGGUUCUCUGGUCGGCACGUCUUUCAACUAUUCCCCCCUCCAAGCCUGCCUCUCUCUUGGGGGCAGUGAACCUUGGACCGAUCUCAUCACACCCCUCUCACACCCGACCUACUACGCCACGGUGAACCACCAAUGGAACCUCCGCAUCGAGAAGGUCUACCCGCUCGCUUACUUUCUCCCCAGGACGGCCCGCGACGUUCAAAAUAUUGUCCGAUGCGGUCUCGCCGAACAAAUCCCGCUGAUUCCGAACAGCGGGGGACAUUCUUAUGAAGCCCUCUCGUUCGGCAAUAAUGACACUUUGGUCGUCGAUCUACGGUUAAUGGACGCCGUCACCCUGUUGGACGAUGGCGUUACGGCGCAUCUUGAACCUGGCGCUUUGCUAGGGCCCAUUUACGCUAAAUUGUGGAUCGCGGGAAAACGGUAAAUUCCCGCCGGAAUGUGUCUCACGGUGGCCAUCGGGGGCAACGCGAUCGGUGGAGGGGUCGGCUACUUUGACUCUGUUUACGGUUUGGCAGCCGACAAUGUGGUCGAGUUCGAAAUGGUUACGGCGUCCGGCAAUCUCGUCACGGCGAACGAGUUGACCAAUUCUGACCUCUUCUGGGCACUGAGAGGCGUCGGGCCGGGGUACAUUGGGAUUGUGACAAAGCUGAAAAUGAAGACGUUUGAUGCAUCCGCGAUAAACAUAACGAUUGCUAAGGUCCUCUACCCCUUGGCAGGAUUUGCCCAGGCGACCCUUGACAUGCAAGAGUGGAUCGAAUGGUCAAAGCUAAAUGAGGUGAACGUUCUCUUUCUUGGAGGUGCUGUACAUGAUAAUUAUACCUCCCAAUUUGCCGCCGUCCCACCUGGCGCUUCCAACGUGCUGUACCACAUCCAAGACGCGACCUACAAUCCCGACCCGGCAUCUCAUUUUCCGAAUUUUAACCCAAGUACAAAUACCAUGCAACUUUACAUAUACUCUUUUCUCUGCAAAAUGUAGUGACAAACUACUCAAUAAUCUCUUCUUGUUUUGGCAUAAAGUUUCACAAUAUUUUGAUUUGUCCUCCGAACAAUAAAUACUUAAUGACUAAUUUUAUAUACUUUAUAAUC